CCAGUCCCUUAUUAGGAGAUAAAGUGGAAAACUACUUCUCUUUUCUCUUGAUUGCUAUUUCACCUUGCCAAGGAAAAUAAAAGCCAUUAGGCAAAUGUGACCUGCAUCUCCUACAUUCAACUGGAGCCACAGAAGCAAGAAAUAAAUACUCAAUAUGGAUGGUUUAAUUGAACAGAGCAGUGUGCUUAUGCAUAAUAAAAUCACAGAGGGUGGGAAAAAAAAUGGCUUAAUCAACACAAGAAAUUUAAUGGCAGAGAAUAAAGAUGGUAUGGUAUCUGUUUACCCUACUCCUCAAUACCAGAGUCACAUUGUUGGAAAUAUCACAGCUCAGACUAGUAUGGACAACAUUAAAAAUGACCCAGUUCAACAGCUGUUGGAUCCAAACAUGCUUCAACACACUGUGGAAUCUCACUAUCGUCCUAACAUCAUUCUGUAUUCCGAGAAUGUCUUGCGCUCCUGGGGUGAGAAUGUCAGUACUGAGUGUUGUGAAACUACAUUUAUCGAAGAUAGGUCGCCAACCAAAGACAGUCUAGACUACCCUGAUAGCAAGUUCAUUGACCUUUCUGCUGAAGAUAUCAAAAUUCAUACUCUUUCAUAUGAUGUGGAAGAAGAAGAUGACUUUCAGGAAUUAGAGAGUGACUAUUCCAGUGACACCGAGAGUGAAGACAAUUUCCUAAUGAUGCCACCAAGAGACCACCUGGGCCUCAGUGUCUUUUCUAUGCUGUGCUGUUUCUGGCCUUUGGGCAUUGCUGCAUUUUAUUUGUCACAUGAGACAAACAAAGCAGUGGCAAAAGGAGACUUUCAUCAAGCAAGUUCCAGUUCUCGGAGAGCCCUCUUCCUAGCUGUUCUGUCCAUCACAAUUGGAACAGGGAUAUAUGUUGGCGUAGCUGUGGCCCUUAUAGCCUACCUUUCUAAAAACAAUCAUUUAUGAACCAUAAAAAUUGUAUGACUGACAUUGCAAGAUUGCCAGUGACUCAACUCUGCAAACUUGAAAAAUGAAACUACGUGGACCUGUAGUUGUUGUGAAAAAGACACCGAUAAGAAAGUUAAUGUACAGAUCAUUAUUUUCAUGUUUUUCAAAAUCAUCCUUGGAUGUACAGUUUUACAUGAUAAGCUUUAUUUAUUCAUCGUUUGAUCUAACAUUGUGCUAACCAGACAAGUAGAAGAUUGCCAUAAAUAUUUUUUUAUGAGAACAAUCAGUUGGUGCCACCAGAGUAUAGCCACUAAGUGUCUCCAUUUGCUAGUUAUGA